GAGGUGUUAAGGAACACCAUGGAUCAAACAGAACAACUUUCUGCAAACAGAAGGAAGAGCUUCCACUGGGUUGAUGAGAAAAAGAGCCAUGGCUGUAGAACAGUGGUGGGAUUUUUGUGCAUAUUCCCCGUGGUGGCUUUGCUGGCUAUUGUGGGAGCUCCAGCUGGAGCUGCAGUGGAAGAAAGUCAGGAAGAUGCUGCAUCACCUGCUCUUCAUGGAGCGAGUGCCUCUGCUUUGCACAGUCCAACUUUCCCACCUCGGCCUCCAGCACGGAGAAGGCGAUACACCAUCACACCAGGGCACCUGAAAUGGGACCACUUCAACCUCACAUACAAAAUCCUGUCCUUCCCAAGGAACCUCCUGAACGCCAGGGACACCCGCAGGGGACUGGCAGCCGCCUUCCGCAUGUGGAGCGAAGUUUCCCCCUUCAGCUUCAGAGAAGUGCCACGGCACGUGGACAGUGACCUCAAAAUAGGCUUCUACUCCAUCAACCACACAGACUGCCUGGAGUCUCUCAUUCACCACUGCUUCGAUGGCACCACGGGGGAGCUUGCCCAUGCCUUCUUCCCACCCAACGGGGAAAUCCACUUCGACGACCACGAGUACUGGAUCCUGGGCAACACCCGCUUCAGCUGGAGGAAAGGUGUUUGGCUUACAGACCUGGUCCAUGUGGCAGCUCAUGAAAUAGGACAUGCCUUAGGCCUCAUGCACUCCCUGAACCCCAGUGCCCUCAUGCACAUCAACGCCACCUUGACUGGGAAAAAGACCAUCUCUCAAGAUGAAGUGUGGGGAAUCCACAGACUCUACGGCUGUAAGGACAGAUUGUUCAUGUGCCCGUCCUGGGCACAGAAGGGUUUCUGUGAGAAGCGCAGGAAGCUGAUGAAGAAGCACUGUCCCUCCACCUGUGACUUCUGCUACGAAUUCCCGUUCCCAACAGUGCCCCCGACCCUGCCCCCACCCAGGACAAAGACCAAGACCGUGUCUGAAGGCAGGAACGUCACCUUCCGCUGUGGGCAGAAGAUAAUCCACAAAAAAGGCAAAGUUUACUGGUACAAAGAUAAGGAGCUUCUGGAAUACUCCUACCCAGGUUACUUGUCCUUAAAUGAAGAUCACAUGAGCAUCAUUGCAAAUGCCAUCAAUGAGGGAACUUACACUUGUAUAGUGAAGAAGAAAGAAAGAAUCUUGACUACUUAUUCCUGGAGAAUCCGACUGAAGCACUAACAAGGGCCCUGCAACAAGCCCUCCAGCCACUCCUCCUUCUGCUUCAAAUGCAAAACACUUCUUUGGCAUUUUACAUUUAAGCUCCAGUUGUGCAGAUGACAAAUGAGCUUCUCCACCAGCUGCUUCCACACCUCGGGCAAAAGAGCCUCUGAGCCCGACUGCUGGAAUGUGAAACUUUUCCAAGCCAGUGGUAUGAUGAAGGAUUUGUCAGGUUUGUGCUGUACAGACAAUUAAAUGGGUUUUUUCCUAAAGUCCAGUGUCAGGUUGUGCAGCUGGACUCUGGAUCACUGCUGCAGAGAACAACACAACUCUUCAUCGAGCCCAGGGAUGACCAGAGCGAUGGCUCAGCUGUGCUGGAGGCAGAGGGACGGGGAGGAAAGCACCAGGUGUGCU